GAGUGGGCUCUUCCACCAUCCGCGCCAAAACUAUGUCCGAAAACGAGUCGCAUGCUUCCUUUUUGGAAUCAUGCUUUGAAAUCAGGCAGGUGGCGCAGAGUCUUACCAAGUUUCGUCCCGCCCUUUCACCAGAGGACCCCAAGGCGCGCUUCCCCGGCUUCCGCCAGCGGGUCACCGUAUUCAAGGCAGGACAACAGGUACAGAAAGGCGCAAAGCGCUUGCCUGUUGACCUUCUUAUGCAUGAUAGUGUGCCUGUGAUCUUGUCGGAUGGUACCAAGCUGUAUUACGAUGUCUUUCUCCCAAUCGGCUUUGAGAAUCUCGAAGCAACCGUCGAUGAUUCCAAGAGAAUUCCCGCUCUAGUUGCUUGGAGUCCAUAUGGCAAGCAACUUGGCACGACUGUCCUUGACGACUUCCCAUUCCGCGCCGGAGUCCCCAGGCAUUGGCUCUCGGGUCUUCAGAAAUGGGAAGGCCCCGAUCCUGCAUUCUGGUGCGCCAAAGGAUACGCCAUAGUAAAUGUUGAUACUCGAGGGGCAUAUACAUCGGAGGGCGACCUUCUUAUUAUGGGACACCAAGAAGCUCAAGAUGGCGCGGAGUUUGUCACUUGGUUGUCAGAGCAGCCCUGGUGCAACGGCAAAAUUGGUCUCACUGGCAAUAGCUGGUUAGCGCUGUCACAGUGGAAAAUAGGGAGCCUGCGGCCUAAAGGUCUGGCUGCUCUUGCGCCUUGGGAAGGAAUUCAAGACAUCUAUCGUGAUAUAAUUUGCCAGGGAGGGGUUCCAUCACCAGGCUUCCAUGAUUCAAUUGCAGAUACCCUCGCCAGCUACGGCAAGCUGGAAGACGUGUCGGGUGUUCUGCGCAGUAACCCACUUUGGAACGAGUACUGGGAGGACAAACGAUCCAAGCCCGAGCAGAUCGAUGUCCCGACUUACAUCGUGGCCUCAUGGACGAACCCUAUCCACACAUCCGGUACAUUGCGAGCAUAUCGAGCUAUACCAGGGUCCGUCCCGAAAUGGCUUCGCGUGCAUAACUCCCAGGAAUGGCCAGACUAUUAUGCUGACUCCAGUUGCCAUGACCUAAAGCGGUUUUUUGAUUGCUUCCUGAAGGGUCAUCAUGAUAAUGGCUGGUUGGCUACACCUAAAGUCCGGCUAAGUAUCUUGAACUUCGGGCUAUCAGAACUGGAUGAUACAGUCAAUAGAUCGGAGUUGGAAUGGCCACUUGCACGGACAGUGUAUAGAAAGUUAUACUUGACUCCGGAUCAUCAGAUGAACUCCUCUCAAUCAGGCCAACCAGGGUCAGUUGCGUACGAUUCGAAAAGCGGAAGUACCAAAUUCCGAUAUCGAUUACCAGCAGAUAUGGAGACAACGGGUCAUUUCACAGCUCGUCUCGCAGUAUCGUGCCCAUCGAGCGCUGACAUGGAUUUGUUUAUCCAAGUGUGUCGUCUUCGAGGGCCGUCUUCUUACAAGCAGGGUGUCCUAACUAUCAGACCACAAAACGCAGUCGUGAUGAGGUUGUUGAAGCUGUUGCAUGAUUGGCAAGUCGGUCUGCAAAGUGUUGGUAUGCUCUUUCACUGGGGACCCAAUGGACAGCUGCGAGUCAGUCAUGCACACAAAAAGAGCACACUUGCUGCACCUUUUGAGCCAGUCUAUGAUCACGUUAACAAAAUAUCCUUGGAAAAGGGAGAGAUUCGAGUUGUGGAGGUUCCUCUGCGUCCAUACGGCAUGUAUUGGCAGAAAGACGACAUUAUGGAAUUGACAAUCUCCGGGAAUCCUGUGAUUCCAUUCCCACUUCCAGGCGUACCAACCUUACAGGGCGAGAAUGUCGGCAACCACGUUAUUCACUGUCUUGAUCGGGGGGAGGAUAGCUCUUGUCUUAUUAUACCAUGUGCCUGAAUACAGUCGGGCUAUACAUAGUGAAUUGAACUUUAUAACCCAC